AUGCCCAAGCCUCUGCUACCGGUAUGCGGUGAGCCGGUCACUGGACGAACACUGCGCAGCCUGGGCUCGAUUGGAUGUGAGGUGGCGGUGCUCAACACCCACUACCUCGGGCCCAUGAUUCCCGAAUACUUCGGCAAGAGCUACUUCGGCCUUCCCCUGCGGUACAGCCACGAGCAAGAGAUUCAGGGAACCUACGGAGCCCUCCACGGACCCCGCUCGAUCCUCUCCAAAGCCGAUGCGGUGAUCAUGAUCAAUGGCGACAGCCUAUGCCGUUGGCCUUUGAAAUCACUGAUUCGCAGGCAUCUUAAAUCCGGAGCUUCGGCAACACUGCUGCUUCACCGCAGAGCCCCCGAUGACGCUUUAGGGGGCGGCGUGGGCGUCGACCCGUCCGGACGG